AUGCCCGCGCGGCGACCGUUCACGGACGUAGGGCGACGGAUGGGGCGGCUGAAGAUCAUGGUGGUGGGGCGGAAGGGGGCGGGGAAGUCGUCACUGAUCCGGUCGAUGGUGCAGGUGUGUGAGGAUAUCGUACAUAUAGACCCGGUGCAGGAGCGAGGAAGUUGGGGUGGGGGGAUGGAGUGGAGGGGUGCGUCCGGGACGACGAGGAUUACGGAGAUCGCGGCGAGUUCGAGGCCGUUACCGGGUUGGUGGGCGGAGUUGAAUGAGGGGGCGGGGAUGGCGAAGAGGAGGAAUAGCGUCACGGAUGUGUUGGACAGGAAUAUUACAUUCGUUGAUACUCCGGGGCUUGGCCGUGCAAGAGACGAAGAGCUGCUGCGGUACGUCGAAGGUCAAUCGUUCAAGAGCAUUUCGACCGCGACGAUGAGCGACACCGAAUUAUUGCAGUUGAUGUGCGGCAAUGGAAGCCAGGUCGAUUUAGUCCUCUUCCUGUUCGGCCACCAGGAAGAGUUGGACGUGGAGAUGCAGAUGCUCGAGCGACUGGCGCAGUCCACCAACGUGAUCCCCAUAAUCAGUCGUUGCGAUCUCCUGUCCGAGGAGCAGCUGGGAGACCAUCAUGCCAGGAUUGCCGACGCCGUCUCCUCCUCCUUCCUCUCGACGACCGUGCCCACUGCGCCGUACGUCGUCUCCUCCGCCCCUGGCCCCGACGAUGAAAUCGACGCCAGCCUCCUCAUGUCCAGCACCUACCUCGCCCCGCUCCACCCCUCCGACCUGGACCCGCUCGUCCACUGGCUCUUCCACCCGGACAACAUCGCCUACCUCCGCGCCUCUGCCGCCCACAAGGUCGUCCAGUGGCGAAAGCGCGCCGGACUAGCCGUCAACCCUCGCGCCACCGACCGCAUCCCUCCCCCCUUUUCUCGGAUCCCCACAUCCCCCCUUUCAGGACCCAGAGCCCCCUCGUCAUCGCCUUCGUCAUCCGCUAUAACGGCAGCGUUUCCCGGUUCCGCCGCCGCGUUCCGCGCACACGUGACACGCGAAGAACGCCUCGCGCAACUUCGCCUCUCCCGGUGGGCGACGGAACUGCGCGGCACGGUGAGCGCGGAGCGGGAGCGGUACGAGCGGCUUACUGGCGAUGAACGAGCGGAGUGGUUGGCGCGGCAGCUGGAGCGGGAGGUGGCGAGGGGGGGGCUCGUGAUCUGCGAGGGUGAUGGGAGACGUCCGGAUGAGCAGCGAGGGAUGGGAUCGAGUUCCAGUGCCAGGCGCCGGCGGAGGAAGGUCCUGGGGGACAGUGGAGUCCCGGCGUGGGCGCGCCGCGCAGAGAAAGAGAGGGUAGGGAGUCUCGGCGGAGUGGCGUGGCAGACGGUGCAGUUGUUGAGCGGAGUGUCGUUCGUCGGGGCCGUGCUGAUUGCCGUGGUGAGGGGGUGGGGAAAGCAGGGAGAAGCGCUGAAUUGGGGUUGGGGUUGGUAG